AUAGUCGGUGACUUAAGCUAAACGGUGAUGGGUUCGCAACUGUCACUCUGAAGACAAAAUGCGUGGAAUCGUACAUUCCGAUAGUGGAAUUCGUUAGAGUGAUAUCGUCAUCGAUUUAGCGGCGAAUCUAUUUUAGUUGAGGAGUGUAAUUUAUUGUUAAUCGUGAACUUGUAUAAAUACGUUUGAUUUGUCAUCAUGGGUAAGACGAAGUCUUCCGAAGUAGAAGAAGGAUCGAUGGGUUUCAAGGAUAAGCAGAAGGCUUUGGAUACAUUGAAAUUUCUUGAUGGUCGUGAUAUAAGUUAUCAAUAUCACGUCAUAACCAGCUUUGUAAGUCGCGUUAAGAGAACAUUACAAAUAACGAAGGACGAGGAGAAACUUUCGAAUUUGCGAGAUGCUUUGAAAGUAUUCGAAAAUUGGUUGACCGAUUAUAAAGAAAAUAAUCGUGGAAAGGAAAAUCUUUCAUAUUUACCGAUCGACACGAUUAAGGCUUAUAGAUCACUCGCCAAGAGAUACGAUCUGAUCGACGAUGAUUUUUACGUCGCUUACAGAAAGGAAAAAGGAGAUUACAAAAAUUUACGUACUUCAAAGUUACAAAAUAACAGGAUAACAUGGGACAUCGAAAGGAAUCGUAGAUUAAAGGAUAUAGUUGCUAACAUCAAAGAAAGGAAUAUACAAUGGUAUGAGACAGAUAUUGGUGAUUUAAGAGGACUUCCAACUAAGGAACACGUUCGAUGCAUCAUGUUAGGAUACAGUCCGGAUCCGACAAAGUUGAAAAAGUUGAUGGCAGAAGUUGCAUCGAAAAUCGGUAUUAUAGAUGACGUCGAUAUGGAAGUUGAAGAAGAAAUCACGAAGAAGACGAACAAGAGAAGCCACGACAAGAACACAUCGAGCAGCGAAAGCGAGUCUAGCGAACCCGAUAGAAAAAUUGCGAAGUUAUCCUCUGAUGUGGAAGAAGAGAAAAAAGAAGAUAGUGGUCUUAGUUUUAAGGAUAAAGAAAAAGCUUUGCAGAGUAUCAAAUCUCUUGAAGGACGAGACUUGAGUUAUCAGUAUCAUGCUAUUGCUGGUUUGGUGAGGAGAGCUGAAAGAGUAAUAUCGUGUACGAAGGAUAUAAAAAAAAUCGAGAAUAUGAAGGAAGCUGUUCAAGUAUUCGAGGAUUGGAUUACCGACUAUAAUGUAAAUGACAGAUCGAAAGAUAAUUUUAAUUAUUUAUCGAUCGACAUUAUACGAGCUUUCGAACCACUCGUUAAAAAAUACGAUAUUGAGGAUAAAGGGAUUUUAAAGGCAUACGAAGAAGUAGAUGGAGAUUAUAAGAAAUUGAGGACAGUACAAGUCCCACAAUCCGAUUUAACGUGGGAUAGAAAAAGAAACAAAUUUCUUCGAGAAUUUGUGGAUCAUAUGAAAGAAGAAAAGGAUAUUUCUUGGUUUCAAACCGACGGAGAUCUUCAGAGUUUACCGACUAAAGAACAUACGCAGUGUAUUAUGUGGGCUUAUAGUCCUGAUCCUACGAAAUUAAAAAAGCUCGUGUCCGUAGUUAAAGAUAAAUUAACGUCUACAGUUUGAUAUACUAUAACUAAUUAUCUAUCUACUAUAUCUAAUUAGUUAUCGUAUAAAAGCUUUCAUGCUCUUAAAUUUUUUAAGCUAAAGCUAAACAAUUGUUUAAUUAGUUGCAUAUAUAUAUAUAUAUAUAUAUAUAUAUAUAUAUAUAUAAUAUGUAUAUAUAACUAAUGAGAAAAACAGAUUAUUUCCUUUUAUUUGCAGGUCAAAUAUUUUACACAAUUAACCAUAAUCAAAGUCUGUAAUGUUUAUAAAAGAAAAUAUAAUAUUUAAAAUGUAUCUCUAUGGUAUGACGAUAUUAGUCAAACGUUAAUACGAAAUUCAAAUAUCCCGCUGUCGUUAGUAACUAACGCCAUCUUGUCGAUAUCAAGGCGCGCACGAGAGAGAAGGCAAGAUGGCGUUAGGCAUCAUGUUGGUUUUUCGAGCGGCGAGCUCAAUCGAUAGUUUUUAUUGCUGUCGCUGACUCGCGAGGGAGGGUGAGCCUAGAGUACAGUUUUGAGGUUAGGGUUAGUGACUCGGUGACACUGGAAACGAUAACCGGUGGGUAGCAGUGGAUUUUUCACUUGCUUACGCGUAUCGAAGAGUCGAGAGAAAAGAAGAUUCCAAACAUUUUCAUCAUUCUUCCUUUACAUUUCAAGUCUUUUAUUCGUGGAAACUGGUUAUUUUCAUUGGAUUUUCUACAUUGUAGGAGAAAAAAAAAGAAAAAAGAAAAAAUACUCGAGUGACCGAAAGAGAAAGACAGAGAGAGAGAGAGAGAGAGAGAGAGAGAGAGAGAGAGAGAGAGAAAGAAAGAAA